UGUCGAAACAGCUAUGUGUUUGUCUACAAACACAAUUCUAGUUUCUCUUUUUCUUUUUUCUUUUUUAUCUUGACAGCCUAUACCUGUUUGAUUGCGGCCGGUUUUCUCGGCAGUUUCCUGGGGCUAGCAUACGUCAUCAUCUUCCUAUUGCUAAGUUAUGCAUUUUUCAUCUAUGGAAAGAAAGCUUUGAUAACAAACAAUAAAGUUCAUCCAGAUUGUGAGAUCAGUCCGAGGCCGCAAACACCGAACACAGAAAAAAAAAUGACGUCAAUGCAUCCGUGGAAAAUCGCAGUGGCUCUGGUCAUCGUUAGUGUACUACAUCUGAUUUUGGCUGUUAUCUUCCUGGCCACAUCGUUCAGUCACUGCGCUGGUUUUGCCAUUAUCUGUAUCUGCCUCUUGAUGUGCGUCAUCAGUAUCAGCAUCUUCUGUUACAUCAUAAAGGGAAUAAAGAACAGCACAAACAAGGGAGGCCUGUUAGCCCCAAGCCAGGGCUCACUCACAGAGACAGCUCUAGUCACUGAGGAUGAGAAGCCACUGACAAUCCUGAAGUCUGAAGGUCUUCAUCCUGUUGAUGAGGAGCGGCCAUGCUCACCCAGCCUGUCCAUAGGUGGACGGGUCGUCAGUACUCCACACGGCACAAACCCUAAAGAUAAGGAUGACGCCAGAGACAGGAAAAUCUCGGCCGGUUCCCAAGCUGGGGACAGCGCUGUACUGAUCCAAGUAAGCCCGGAUCCCAGGAAAUCAAAGCCCAAGGAGAAGAAGAGACGAGUGAAACGAGGCAGCCGUGCAAGUAUCGAGCUGGCAGAGCUGAGACGACCCGGCAGGGGGCUGUCCUACGGACACAUCCACAAUGAGGAAACCAAAUAGGUAGACUCUGUCUUUUUUUUUUCGCAUUUUUUCAUCCAAAAUCAUAUUGAUUUU